CCAAGGAGGCGACAGUCGGUUACUGCAGAUUUCACUGGACUUCCCCUUUCACUCUCAGACACCGCCAGGGUCCCUGAAGAGGGAAGACAAGAGGAAACAGUGGAAGACAGGGCUGAGCUCGUGUUCCGCCUGGCAAGAACUGGCUGGAACUGAGACAGCAGCCACCUGUAGGCGAGCGCCCAGACCAGGCACCAUGCGUCUCCUUGGCCCCUGGCUCCUGCUCCUGGAAUGCCUGGCUUUCUCGGGCUCACACAAGUGGAGCUUCGAUCACCCCCCCACCGUCUACGCCUGGGAGGGGGCCUGCGUCUGGAUCUACUGCAAGUACACCAUCCCGAACUCCGACGACCUGGAGAACGUCACCGUGUACCACGAUGCCCAGUACAGCAAGGACACCAAGCGCUACAACGGGACCGUCCUCUUCCGGAGCACGAACUUGGCAGAGCCCCCCUCUGAGCAGCAAAGGGUCCGGUUCCUGGGAGGCAAGAAACACAACUGCAGCCUGAGCAUCGGCCGGGUCCACGUCAACGACAGCGGGAAGCUGGGGCUGAGGAUGGUGUCCAAGACGGACAAGUGGAUGGAGGAGAUACACCUCAACGUCUCUGAGAGGCCUCUUGUGCCUCGCAUCCGGCUCCCUCCAGAAAUUCGAGACUCCUGGGAAGCCACUCUGACCUGCUGGCUGAAUUUCACCUGCUUUGGGUACCGGACCCGAUGGCUAUGGUCCCUGGAAGAAGAGCCUGUGUACAACUCGACCUCCAUUUCUGCCACGAUGGACUCAAUCCAGAGCGAGCUCAGGUUCCGGCCGCGGUGGCGUCACCAGGGGAAGAACGUGACCUGCCAGCUCUGGAGCGACAGGGAACAGCGGGUGCUCUCCGAGGAAACGGUGCGGCUGGAUGUGAAGCACCUCCCGCAGCUUCAGAUCACCGUCAGCCCCCCUGAAGCCACCGUCAAGGAGGGGCAGUCCGUGAGCAUGACGUGCAAGGUCAUCAGCAGCAACCCGCCGUACCACACCCUAUCCUUGCUCAAGGACGGGGCCCCGCUGAGGCUGCAGGAGACGAGGCUGCCCUCGGUGGCCAGAAACAUGAGUGGGAAGUACAGGUGCCAAGCCUCCAGCGCCUUGGGCACAAGCCAGUCAGAGGAAGUGGUCCUCGAUGUGCAGUAUGCUCCAGAACCCUCCGCGGUUCAGAGCCUCCUGACUCCCGUGGUAGAGGGGAAAACAGCGGAGCUGAUGUGCGAGUCGCAGGCCAAUCCUCCUCCAACAAACUACACCUGGUAUCACGACGGGAAAAUAGUGCCGGGGAAGACGGAAAAGAAGCUGCGGAUCCCGAGAGUCCUCCUCUCGCACGAGGGGACUUACUCCUGCUUGGCAGAAAACGUCCUUGGCCUCGGGCAGGUGGGCCCCAGAGCGAAGCUGGACGUCCAGUAUGCCCCCAAGACCGUGACCACGGUGAUUCAAAACCCCACCCCGAUUCGAGAAGGGGACCGGGUGACCCUUUCCUGUCACUACAAUUCCAGUAACCCUGAAGUCACCUGGUACCAGUGGAGACCCCAGGGCUCCUGGGGUGAGCAGUCGCCUGGGGUGCUGGUGAUUCAGAAAGUCUCCUGGAACCAAGGGACCGUCACCUGCGCAGCCUGCAACAGCUGGUGCUCCUGGGCGCCCCCCGUGGACCUGAACGUCCACUAUGCCCCCAGAGACGUGAGGGUCCAGCAGACCAACCCCCGUCCCGAGAUUCACUCGGGACACCGGGUCGUCCUCCAAUGCGACUUCUCAGGCAGUCGCCCCCGAGAAGUCCGCUUCACCUGGGAGAAAAACGGAAGCUUUCUGGGGGAAGGAAGAGAACUCAGCCUUGACUCCGUCUCCCCGGAAGAUGCUGGGAAUUACAGCUGCUCGGUCAGCAACUCCAUAGGACAGACGGCGUCGGAGGCCUGGGGGCUCCGAGUGCUGUAUGCUCCCAGGAGGCUGCGGGUGUCCCUGGCCCCGGGGGCCAGCGUGACGGAGGGGGAGAAGGCCACGCUGACAUGCGAGAGCGAUGCCAACCCUCCUGUCUCCCAGUACAGCUGGUUUGACGGGAACAACGGGAAGCUCCCCCACGCGGGCCGGACGCUGCGGCUGGACCCUGUGAGGGUCCAGCACUCGGGCGCCUACUGGUGCCGCGGCGCCAGCCGGCUGGGGGAGGGCGAGUCGCCCCCCAGCACCCUCACUGUCUACUACAGCCCGGAGACCAUCGGCAGGCGGGCGGCCGUGGUCCUCGGGAUCUGCCUGGCUGUCCUCAUCCUGGUCAUCUUCGGGGUCAAGUUUUGGCGGAACUGGAAGAGGACCCGCAGCCAGCAGGGGCUUCAGGAAAACUCCAGCGGUCAGAGUUUCUUCGUGAGGAAUAAAAAGAUGAGAAGGGCCCCGCUCUCUGAAGGCCCCCACGCCAUGGGCUGCUGCAACCCGGUGAUGGACGAGGCCGUCAGCUACGCCGCCUUGCGCUUUCCCGAGACCGACGCACCGGGCGCCGGAGACGUGGGGAACUCAGGGUCGCAGAGGCUCCGCCAGGACGGCAGCGACGAGGUCACUUACUCGGUGGUGCAGAAGCGCCGCGUGGGUGACUAUGAGAACGUGGCCCCACAUUCCCCGGACGACGAGGGCAUUCACUACUCGGAGCUGAUUCGGUUUGGGGCUGGGGAGCGGCCCCAGGCACGGGAGGGCGUGGAGUACGUGACCCUCAAGCACUGACGGUGACGGUCACGGUGACGCUGUGGUUGGAGGCACCUGGGGCAGCAGGGGCCAGGGAAACCGCAGAGCCCCCCGGCCACCCUGCUCAGCUGCGGCCACGUGACCUCCUCGGCACCCCUACCGCCCCGUCCUCUCUCCCCAGCGACACUGACUGUGGACGACCUUAGCCCUCGCCCAGAGACAUCUGUCCGGCGCCGGUGACCCCAGCCCUCCAAAGGGCCCACCCCUGGUCUUUCCCCAUGGUCCUCCCUGCCCCAAAACUCACGUGCACACCUGCCCCCACCCGGCCCUUUGCCACCAUCCCCCAGCUGGCCGAGUCCCUGCCAGGAUCAGCUUGUCAUCACUCUCCCUUCUCCCCAUCCCUGUGCCCGUGGCCCCUCCCCUGUGCCGGCACCCCUGCUCACUAAGUUCAAGCCCAAUUUCUGCAUCUGGAGAAAAAGCCCGGAAAAGGACAGACAUGGGGGUAGGAAGAGGCACUGUCCCCAGCUGGCUUCUGCUCUGCAAACGGGUCUCCACGUCGGCGAGGCUUUCUGUGGCAGGGGGCGCGCUGCCCGGCCCCCACGCUCGGGGCUCCCGGGGCCCGGGACCGGCAGUGGUGUGACAUGCGUGUCACAGACAGAGAACUGCACAAUAAACAUGGCUCGGACACCCUUCAAAGGACCAGAGAGAGCUCCUUCCGGUGUGUGAGUCAGAGCGCAGGGGGAAGAUGGGGGAGGCAUCGUGGGGGCCCAGAGAGGAAGAAAAGGGAGUCCCAGCGAUCUAUGAUCGAGGGUCCGAUGACUUGUUAGGAAAGGUGCGCGGGCUCUGCAGGCAGACCAGCAUGAGUGUGACCUUGGCCCUUCUAUUCAGCUAGCCGAGUGACCUUGGGCAGGGUUCACCACCUGCCCCCAGCCUCCGUUUCUUCACCUGUGAAAUGGAGACGCCACUGCCUACCCUGCAGGGGGCUCAGGAUAAGAGGUGUGGAAUGAUCUUAUCUAUGCUGGGGCCACGAUUUAAGAAGCCUAGCACAGCAGCCAAAAGUCCCUGAAAAAACAAAUUGCCACUGUCUUCUAUUUGCAUUUCUCGAAGAAUGUAAAAGGGGAAGCCGAUCCGAUACUCGAGGCUCUUCUCAAGAAUGAACCCACCACGCUCUUUCGCAACCCACAGCUGCUCCAAGGCCAGCAGCCGUGAGAAACCUCGAGGCUCCCCUGUCGUUCGCUGCCCUCCCCGCCGGCCCCCUGUUAUCUUCACCGAUUCAGGCUUUCCGGUUAGUUUGGUCUCUCACCCUGCCACCUGCCACGGGGCUAAGUCGCUCUCCGCAAGGGCAGAAACCUGCGAUUAAUCAGUCGCCAAGGUGAGGAACGUGCAGUUCCCGGCACACGGCAGGCGCCCCCAAAGUGCCACCUUCCCUUGUCACGCCCGCUCGGCACAGAGAUGGCAACUCUCGCAGCUGCGGCAGAGUGGGGCUCCGAUUUACGCGUCGAUCCACUGUGUCCCCAGUAACCUUUCUGGAGGAAGGUGAAACUUCGAGAACGGUUUAUGAGAGAGAGGGGGAGAGUUUUGUGGUUUCGGUACCCAAAGCGAGGUCCACUGACACUCAGGCAUUGUUUCAUUCAUCCCGCAAACGUUCGCGGAGCGCCUGCCCGCGCACCCAGCACGCACCCGGCAGCCGGUCGCCGGGGCAGGGAAAAAGAUUGGACGGAGUUCCCAUCUUGGGGGGUCUCUAGUCCAGUCUGGGGCGCCCAGGGGUCUUCAGGGCAGGGUCCCCUCCGGGGAGCUGGAGGCAGCGCUGAGCCUGACGGGCGCGGCGCAGGUUCCCGGCAACCGACAAGCGCCUGCUCAUCCUGCCCCUCCCUGCGCCCAGCUGCUGACAUAAACCCUCUUCGCGACCCAUUGACCGCGAGACGUGGUUGCCAACAGGCAUCGCUGGGGCGCGGUGAGCAGGUGGCCAGGAAGCGCGGAACCCCCCUCCCCCGCCCCGCCCCAGACCUCAC